AGCAGCCCCCGCGGCGAGGCGGGCGGGGUUUCCGGCGCCCCCGUUUCAGUGGCCGAUGAACCUGGCGAGUGAAGAAACCCACCUCUGUUAAAGGUUCAGCCUUGUCGUCCUCGGAGGUGCCGAGAGCUCGUCCUCAGCACCGCUUUCCCGACAGACCCGCGCAGAGCACGGUUUAAAUUCACCCACUUUCCAAGAAACCCGAGGGAAGAAGGGAUGUUUCCUAAGGAGGCAAAGCAGCACGUCAGGCCACGGUCAGCUUUCUGUUGCCAGGCACCUUUAAAACCGACCUUGAAGUUUUUUCCCGCUUGGCAAAACAGGGACAAAUUUCUACCUGUGUCAUGGCGGCCCGCGCCCAAAGCUUUUUUCAGAAGUUAUUUGCGCUGUUUUGUGAGGCACCAUGGCAAGGAAUAUGCAGGGGAAUCAAAGCUUUCUUUGAUCUGAAAUACCUGAAGUGAGGAAGAAAAUCAGUCAGGGAAAGGAAGGAAAAUAUGGCUCUGUUCCCGUUCUGCUGUGCCAAGGGCAAAGGGGUGAAACAUUCCCUUUCUGCACGUGUUUUUGCACGUGCACACACCACCCACGUGGUAGGCUAAGGUACGAGUCCCCAGGUGUGUGACUCAGGUGGUGCUUCACCCCAGUGGCCUGGUUCUUCAUCUUAUGGGGACUCAUGAAUUAAACUAUCCAUGUAGUUUCACUCUAGGCAAGGUGGCAGAUGCCUCACAAAGAUGUUUAUGGUGUUAAAGAAGUCCAGCAAGUCUGAACAGAGCCAAAAAGCUGUCUCACUAACAUCAGCCGUAGACCUUAGGCUGGCCCAGCGUUGGGUAGUACAGGAGCAUGAUAACUGACGCUGAGCUGCUCGUGAUUGCAGGGAGGAGCAGCAAGUAGCUUGAUUUGUAGGCUUGAUUUAGGGUAAGUCUUUAAUAAGGGUGAUGAGCACUUGAGUGCCUGUCUUAAAAGAAACUGCAAAAGCUGGCCAGCAGUUUUCGAGCAGGACCACAAGCAUGUUCAAGUGCAGGCUGGUCUGGUCUGGUGUGACUGGACUUCCCCUUUGGGACCGGUGGGGUCUCUGCCUCUUAGCAACAGGGUACUUGGAGGAGCAGGAAAAUUGGAGUAAGAACCAUGUUCCAGCUGCCAUCUGGAAAAAGCCAUUUUACAGGUCAAUAGCUAAUCAAUCUGGUUUUGGCAAGGUAGGUAGGGAUAGACAUCACUGCUUCAUUGUGAGACGGUUAUUUCUGGAACUUUCUUGUGUGAGGACAGGCCUGUUAAUGUACUCAGAACCCUACAAUAGCAAAGUGCUGUCUGGGGAAGCAGGCUUCCUUAACUUCUCUGCGGCCAUCAAUGGCAUAUUUGUGUCCAUCUCCGCCUCCGUUUGGUUUUAAGCAAUGUAUCAGCUGGAGCAGAAGUACAAUAAAAAUUUCCUCUUCCAUUAAUUUCCUGCUUUUUGCUCAAUGCUGUAUUCCCGGGAACCUAGCUCAUUUAUUUUUUAACAUUUGCAAUGGUGAUUACAGAACACUCAUUCUAUAAGUUAUAUAUUCAGUUGUUGCUUUAGCACCCAAAAAGCUAUUGCUGCUUAUUAUGCUAGGAACUGUACUUCCAGAGGGGAAAAAAAACAAAACAAUCCCUGCCUCCAAGAGGUGUAAGUUAAGCCAGCCAGGAAAGCGUAGGAGAGCAAAUAUUUCUGCUGAAGGAAGGCAGGGGAGUUAGUUACAUGUUGGAGGAACCAGGCCUACAAAAUGUGUAUUGCUUUCCAUUCACCUGGCCCUAGGAAAGCAGGACUAUCGGAAAGGGAUUCUGGGAUAAGACUGUGUUUUUUUUCUUCCCCUAGCCCUGUCAGUGCAAAAGUGAGCAGGCAGGUCCUUCUGGCUCCGUCACAGGUAGUAUGGAAGAUCGCCUUGCUCCUGAAGAAGUUAGUCACAAAAGUGACGUUUGCCAUCUGUGUGUUAUAUGGCUGCACUUACUUGGUUGCUGUGGGAAAGAAGGCUAAAAGCUAAGGACUUUUGUAUAUGUUGCUGGGUUUUCUUCUCACUACAGAGAGGAGAUAACUUCUAAAAAGUACUAUUUUUUUAAAGGGAAAAGCUGAUCUUGGUUUUUUUUGUUUUCUUUCUUUUCUGGCACUCUUAAAAGCAGCAGGGUACAUAUUGGGAAUAAAGGGAAACUAGAUGAAAAGCUGGAGAGUUGUUACAGUGAGUGUCUUCUCUUCCAGACACACUUCCUUAUUUCAGAAUGACACCUGAAGCUUUUCUGUCCAAAGCAGGGUUUCAAAGCACAAUGUUUUGCCCAAUUUAGAGCCGUGAGGUUGGCACCUGAACAUAUGGCUCUUGGUCAUAAUGCACCUUCAUUUCUAAUAAAUAUAUGCUUCAGUUUUCCUCCAUCUGAGGCUGUUGGUACUACUUAAGGGUAGGCAGAGGAAAUUAACUGCCCUGUGUAAAGUGCUAAUUAAAUUGUUUAACAUCCUCUCUAUAAAAAGAAAUGUAAUUCUCUCGCUAACAGAGAAAGCUCAAAUGACGCAUUUCAAACUGUUACGCCUCAUUAUGUUUACUUGAAGUUCAUAGGCAGCUGUAAAUAGUAGUUAUAAGAAGCUUUUUGACUGAUAGGUGCUUAAAUAUUCCAUUAAGGUAACACAGAUUUUCCUUUCCAGUAGGAAGUAUCAGGCUGGGUCACAAGGGGUCCUACAGCCUCCUCUCCUGAUGUUCAGUGUCCUCCACCAGCUGCUUCUGAGAACAAGAAACUCUUCGGUGAGAUGUCUCAAAGAGACAGGCACAGUACCCUGCUUAAAGUUUUGAGACCAGCAGUGGUUGCACUUGCUGUUUUUGGUAAUCAACAUCUUGGAGAAGUGCACUUGCCUCAGUCUUUUCUCAAAGACAACAAGCGAAAGAUGGUGAUGGAUACCAGUUGCUUUUGACCUGCUUUUGGAAAGGCCGUAUUCUGAACAAGCCAUGUGCCCAGUUAGUCGUCUGCAAGUUUUUAUUUGUUGGGAACAACUCAUGGUUGGGGGUGGUAGAAUAUUUUUUCUUCAGGAAGCUUCUGUUUCUAAAACUUCUUUUGUUUCAAAUUGGAACCAAAAAAGCCAACAUUUCUACUUGACCUGUGGAGUCGAAAUGGUACAAACAGAAACAAAGCUGAGAGUUGUGGCAUCGAUAUGAUAAUGCUGCAACAAGAAGCUGAUGUUGAAAUUCAUCUCUAAAUACAUUGGAACUAAUUGAAUUUUUUUAUUUGAACUUUAUUUGAAAUCUUUUUUAACACAUUGAAAUGAAAUGGGCAUGUUCCUGCAAAACACUUUGGUUUGGACAAACUGUUUUCUAUCAUGAAACUUGCUUCAAUUUUUUAACUGGGCUACUCAUAGCUUUGGGGAAUCUAAGAGCUGCGUCAGCAGCGCAUCUUGCUUUAGCCCUGCAUUUGGGCUCUUUUUGUUAAUCACCUCUGUCAUUUAGGACUGCGCUUUUAGCACUGGCCUCCUGUCGAAGUGUGAUAUCCACCCACUCAGGUGCAGCAGUUCCCCGACGUGGUUACUGUGUGAAAAUGACUGGCCAACAUGGACUCUGCGAGAGCUGUCCUGAGCAUCCAUCUCAAUCAGAAGUUAACGCCUUCUCUUCCUAUCUCAGUGGUGCAUGUUGAGUAACCUCAUCUGGAAAUCAUGCUCCUACCCUCACCCCAAAGGGAACACCUUGCACGAAGUCGUUGCAAAGACCCAACACAACUGCGGAGAGCCUCCUUAAGAGAGAAGAAAGGGGAGGAGAAAGCGUUGCUCUCUGGCUGGAGCAACUCCACCUCCUAGUUAUUUCAUCUUCCUUACAAGGCUAAAGCUAGAAGCUGUCCUCUGCCUGCGUGGGUCCCUUAAAAGCAGCAGAGCAAGCUCCAGGAUCCCGGUUGAGCGGGACCGGGAUGCAGAGGCUGGCAGAGAUGGAGAAGGAGGCGCUGGCGUGAACUGCGGAGCAGUGAAGGCUGGUGCUCUCCGGAGGAGAAGUGAGACGGGAUCUCUGAAUCCUAAGCCAGGUGCUCACUGAUGCAGAUCUUCCGAAGAAAUAUGAGAGCAACCCCAAGAAGAAGUCACUGAAAGGGGAAAAGUGCAACAGGAGAGGUAAAAUGGAAGACUGGCCUUUUGAGAACAGCUGUGGGAAGCCGUGACAGAUCAAGAGACCGAUGGAUUACUAAACAGCACCUGCAGAGUCUCAUCUACGGCCCUGGGGCAGCCUUCUGGCAAGCGCACGCUGAGGUGCUCAGCAGCCAAGGAUGGAAGUGCUGCGCCGUUCCUCGGUCUUUGCUGCGGAGGUGAUGGAGGUUUUUGACCGGUCUCCUACUGAUAAGGAGCUUGUGUCCCAGGCCAAGGCUCUCUGCAGGGACUACAUAAAUUCCAGGCUGAUUCGAGCAGGUGUCAGCUGGAGCAAACCUGAGUACAACACACCAGUGCCUGGUGGUAAGCUGGCAGAGGUGUCCACCAUACUGCUGCGACUAGGGGAUGAGCUGGAGUACAUCCGCCCCAACGUCUACCGGAAUAUCGCCCGCCAGCUGAACAUCUCGCUGCACUCGGAGACGGUGGUGACGGACGCCUUUCUGGCAGUAGCUGCACAGAUUUUCACUGCAGGCAUAACGUGGGGCAAGGUGGUGUCCCUCUAUGCUGUGGCAGCGGGGCUGGCCGUGGACUGCGUGCGGCACGCGCAGCCAGCUAUGGUUCACACCAUUGUGGACUGCCUGGGAGAGUUUGUCCGCAAGACCCUGGUGACGUGGCUGAAAAGGAGAGGAGGCUGGGCAGACAUCACAAAAUGCGUGGUGAAUACCGACCCCAGCCUUCGCUCUCACUGGCUUGUGGCUGCCAUUUGCAGCUUUGGGCACUUCCUCAAGGCUAUCUUCUUCGUCCUGCUGCCUGAGAGAUGAAUCCGAGCUUCCAGCUGCAGCCCCGUACCCCGUCUCCUCCCCCACUCCAGAAGCAGUGGCGACGGCAAACUCUGAAGAGGAGGAAGAGAAGAAAAAACUGGGACAAACAAAAGGCUAGUUCUCCUCUCCCGUCAGCUGGGAGCGCCCGAUCAGCCACGGUCUCCUUUCUGCAGCCACAGGAGCCUUCUCUCCUGCUCACCAUUAUCCCUUCAAGAGUCUUGUUUGCCUGGGUGACUUGCGUGCAGUUUGGACCAUGCCAGUGCCCCGGUGGACUGGUUGCGGCUGUGGGCAGCAUGGACUGCCGGACAUCCAUUUGUGUGUUGCACACUUGCGCUAAAGGCAGGCAGAGGGGAGGAGGAAGGGGGUGAUGUUUGAAAUGGAGUAGCGAAUGCAGAGGGGGAGAGUCCCUCCUUUGCUCGGUGGAUUUUCCCUUUCAGCCCUCGGACUUGCCUUCCGUGCAUCCUUGUUGUUACAUUUGUGCUUAAGCUCUAUCUCCUCCUUUAUACCUAACUCUGACUUGUUGGGCUCCCUCCACAGCGCAAAGUGGUUGAGGGAAUAAUGCAGUUGUGGCUUUUUAAUAUGAUGAAAAACAUCCCGUGGUCGGACACUUCCCCCUCUGAAGCAUCUUGGAAACCACUGAGUGGCUACAGAAGGGGUAGGACGAAAGGGCAGAUGCAUGCGAGGUGGUUGGUAAGCCAUUUCAAACAGGAGAGCGAGGGCAAUGCCUUCAGACAACAGCUCGGGUCUGAACAUUGUAAAGAAGAGAGAGUUUUUCUCCACUGCGAUUCGAGCAGAGCUAAACCUGUAAGUAGGACUGGCGGGGGGGGGCACGUGCAGGAUUAAGGGAAACCGGGAGCGGGCUGUCUGAUGUUUCGAAGGGGGAAAGCUGCCUCAGAAGCGACUGAUCUGUGUUUCUCCUUUCAUGUCUUCAGAAGUGCGACUUGCAGUCUUCUGUUGUGGCAAACAAUAAAAGAAAAUAGGUGGUGUUUAACAAUAAAAGAAAAUAGGUGGUGUUUAACAAUAAAAGAAAAUAGGUGGUGUUUCA